AUGAGACGCAUGCGUAGCAGGAAGCUGGACGUCAUCCAGAGUGGACCAUCCCGUCUCUUCCGGCGCAGACUUGUGACGUCAAUCUCCUUUCAGUCAGUCGCCUUGAGACGCAGCAGACGAGCGUCACACAAAGACCCCAAGCACGGGAAUGGCCGGAGAGUAGUGAGCGGCGGAAGAACCGGGACCUUCCGGUCCGCCGACAGCUCCUUCCGGCGGCGGCACUUUCGGCUGGAGCUCCUCAGGAGGACCAGGGCCCCCCCACAGCUCAUGAACCUCGCGGAGGCCGGCGCCGGGUUCCUGUCCUCCAUGAUGUCCCACGGCUUCAAAAGCAGCCGGCAGGACUUCGGCUUCGGGCCGUGGACGGUGACCGCCGCUAAGAACCACAUCAUGAAGUCCAGAGACGUGGAGCGGCUGGCGGAGGAGCUGAACAUCCCCUCGCUGCCCGAGAUGCUGUUCGGGGACAACCUCCUGCGCAUCCAGCACCAGGACGGCUUCGGCAUCGAGUUCAACGCCGUGGACGCCCUGAAGAGGGUCAGCGUGGGGGAGGACACGGUGAAGGUGGCCUGCGCCCAGGAAUGGCAGGAGAGCCGGUCUGACUCGGAGCACUCCAAGGAGGUGGCGCGUCCCUUCGACUGGACCUACAGCACGGACUACCGGGGCACGCUGCUGGGGGAGGGCGCGGCCCAGAUCCGGGUCAGCGACACGGACGAGCGCAUCGACAUCGAGCGGCUGAAGGCGCGCGAGCACAUCCAGUUCUUCGAGGAGGUGCUGCUGUUCGAGGACGAGCUGCACGACCACGGCGUGUCGGCGCUGAGCGUGAAGAUCCGCGUGAUGCCGGCCAGCUUCUUCCUGCUGCUGCGCUUCUUCCUGCGCGUGGACGGCGUGCUGGUGCGCGUGCACGACACGCGCCUCUUCCACCAGGCCGGCGCCGACCACAUGCUGCGCGAGUUCAGCACCCGGGAGAGCAGCGUGGCGGCGCUGGGGGGGGGCGGCGGCGGUGGCGGCGGCGUGCCCCCGGCGCUGCUCACCGACCCGGAGCAGCUGGUGCCGCUGCUGCAGGUGCGGCUCACGCACCGCGAGCGCCUGCAGCUGCCCGCCCAGGCCCCGCCCCCCGGGGAGGGGGAGGCCCAGUGA